CAGGCAACAGCAGAACAGAUUCGCCUUGCUCAGAUGAUCUAUGAUAAGAAUGAUGCAGAUUUUGAAGAUAAAGUGAAACAACUUAUGGAAGUGACGGGCAAAAACCAGGAUGAGUGCAUAGUGGCACUACAUGACUGUAAUGGGGAUGUGAACAGAGCAAUCAACAUACUGCUGGAAGGAAGUUCAGACACAACUUCUUGGGAGACUGUAGGGGGAAAGAAGAAAAGCCUUGGAAAGGAAAGCUCAGAAAACAAAGAAAACAGAGAAAAACGAGGGGACAGAGAAGUGAGUCGUGGACGGGGAAGUUCCAACAGACGGGGAAGAGGAGGCAGCCGUGGCCGAGAGUUUAGAGCUGAAGAGAACGGAGUGGACAACAAUCAAGGGGAGAGGCCUUCAGACCGCGGGAAACGCGGCCGCGGGAGAGGCGCAUGGAAAAAUUCAAUAGAAGAAUGGACAGCAGAAGACUGGAACGAAGAUCUUUCUGAAACGAAGGUAUUUACUGCUUCCUCUGUUCCAGCUGAGAAUCACGUUACUCCUGGGCAAAGCAUCGAUUUGGUAACCCUGCUUCAAAAGCCCGUGACUUCCACUCAGGAAACAGAAGGCAACUCGUUUGAGGCUCCCCAGCAGCAGACCUUUGGCCAAGCCCUAGUCUUCACAAAUUCUCAGCAUAGCACCCAGAUGGCAUCAGGAACUGGCAGCUCUUGUGCUGUAAACUCCUAUUCGCCUCAGAGUCUGUCUGCAGUUCUCUGUUCUGGCUUUGGAGAACUUGGAUCCUCUAAAUUGGCAAAUUCUACUGGAUCCCAAAUCUUAGACCACUUGAAGGCUCCAAGUUUGGGUCAGUUUAGCUCUCAACAAAACAAUAGUAGCUCUACCACCACUUCCACGACUACCACAUCGUCCUGGGAUCUUAAGCCCCCCAUUUCUCAGUCCUCAGUCCUUAGUCAGUUUGACUUUAAAUCUCAGCCCGAACCAUCUCCAGUUCUGAGCCAGCUGACUCAACGACAGCAGCAACAAACGCAGGGAAUCCCUGUUCCUCCUCCGGGGCUGGAGUCCUUCUCCUCCCAGGUGAAGCUCCGAGAGCCAUCGCCAGUAGACACCUCAACGGCUGUUAGCAAAAUUUUGCAGCUCCCCAGCAUAUCUCUGGAUAACCAGGCAGUGACUGCCCAUCAAACCCAGCAGAAACAGAUGAAACCACAGAAGCGGAGGAUAACUCCAUCAUCCAAGAUUCCUGCCUCUGCAGUGGAGAUGCCUGGAUCAGCUGAUGUGACAGGGUUAAAUGUUCAGUUUGGAGCUCUGGAGUUUGGGUCAGAGCCUGCACUCCCAGAGUUUGGAGCAACUUCAAGCAAUGAGAAUACCAGCCAGGCGACCAACAAUAGCUUGUACUCAAAAUCUGUGAAUGAUCCUUUGAAUACCUCUUUGCCAAUAUCCAAUACAAUACAGGAGUCAACCUACACAACCUCUGCCAUCACCUCUUCCAGUCUGACCUGCUCAUCCCAGAGCACUAGCCCAGUAACAACAACUUCCUCCUAUGACCAGAAUUCUGUGCAUAGCAGGAUAGCGUACCAAAGCUCCAUGGCUCCGUCUGAAUCGACCGCCGUUGCAGUUACGAAUGGGCACAGUGGUGUUCGAACACAGCCUACUCUUGACAGUAAGUGUUUACAAAGCUCCAUUAUACGCAGGACUCUUUCUGACUUUUCCCUACCACUUG